AAAACACACGAGGUUAAUCGAUUGUUUUGUCAUAAAGCAAACAAAGCGAAGAUUAGAACGUCGCGGUGUUUCGAUUGAUGUUUUAGAAACUGCAAUGCUUUGGAUGUUAGCGUUUGUUUCGGUUUCCCCAGAUAGUCAUGUCUGACAUGGUGGCUCGUAGUGAGACAAUAUGGGCGUACCAGUUCCGUGUUGUUCUGCUUGGUGAUUCUACAGUGGGAAAGUCGGCUUUAUUACGAAGAUUCACCGAUGGUUGUUUCUUAGAGGUAUCCGACCCCACAGUAGGGGUGGACUUUUAUUCUCGUCUCAUAGAAAUAUCACCCGGCACACGAAUUAAACUCCAACUGUGGGACACGGCGGGCCAGGAGAGAUUCAGACAAAGUUUCCUCCAUGUUGUGACAUGGGCCGAAGAAGCACGACUCCACGUCGCCCCCCGACACGUUUCAUUCGCUCUCGUCGGGCAGAAAUGCGACCUAGAGGAACAUAGACAGGUACCAACAGAAGAAGCGUCCAACUUUGCACGUUUACACAAGAUGCCAUUUAUUGAAGCUUCAGCCAAGAACGGGAAGAACGUGGAAAAGUCGUUUGUUAUGUUGACCGAACUUAUAUACAGAUUAAUACAGUCCGGUGACAUCAUAAUGGAUGAACAAUGGGACGGGAUUAAAUGUGGUUUGGUCCCGAAACCUCUAAGUUUGGAUGAGGACGAAAAUAAGUCGUGCUGCGCUUGAUGUGGAUGUGGUGGACCUGGUGCUCAUGAAGUGUCGGGUUCAAGUGCUACAAAGUAUGUUACAAACAAAAUUCAAACCAAACGAAUAGUUUACUAUAAAAUGUACAUAUUUUUCCUAGAAUGGCAUCAAGUCUUUUAUUCAAAUAGAAUCAUGAUGUCAUUUAUGCAAAACAUCUCGUGUUGGUUGUGUUUGACUUUUGUUUGUCACUUAUAAUCCUUUGGACUAUUCUUUAUAUUACCUGGUGGUUAUUUUGUUGCAGUAUAAACUAACUUAUCGCAUCUGUAGCAGUAUUCUAUUUCAGCCAAAAACAUUUUAUUGUUUUUACAGAGUUUUUUUUAAAUGUUGUAAAUUUAUAUUUCCGCAAAUUUGUUUCAUUUUCUUCAAUCAUUUCUUCAACAUAGAUGUUUUAUUGAAUCAUAGAUUUUAUGGUGUUUUGUUAUGUUUCUAUUUAUGGUGUUUUGUUUUUUUUGUGUCGUCAGGUUUUUACAAAGUCCUAUUAAGUAUGCAGUUGCCACAUAUGGUACCUAAGGUUGGCGCCAUAUUGUUAUUACUUCUUUUGCACAAAGUUAUUGCACUGUUACGUCAUAAUGCUUGGUGUUGUUUAAUAAAACUUUUAAAGGGAAA